GAGGAAGUGAUUUGACCUUCCAAAAAAGGUGAAGUUUUUAAAUUAAAACUAAAAAAGUCAAUUUUCAAAUGGUUCGUCUUCAACGUUAUAUCUAUUGUAAAAGAGCAGAGGCAGCAUGUGUGUGUAGAGUUAAGAACAUCUGAGCCUGGGUUAAAGGUUAAAGGGACCUUACUGAGGAAAGAUGGUAAAAAGAUGCAUGUAUGCUGGUUAUUAUGAUUGUUAGCUUAACAAGAUUAGAUAAUGUUUCUAUAUCACUCUAAAUGACACAUUGUUACUAUUACAAUGUGUGGUAGAUGUAAAGUUGAUUACAUUUGUUGUUUCUUAGGUAAUUUGUUGUGGGUUUACUUGAACAUUUUUCUUCUCUUCCACUGGGCCUCACACAUACUCUUUCCAUCUUCUUUUUACUUAUUUUCAUAUUUUAGUUUGAAACAACAAAAAAUCUAAUACAUUGAAAACCCCCUGCCUAAUUUUUCAACAAUGAAAAUGUUGGUAAUCUUCCAUUAUAAAGUAAGGAGAGAAACACUCAUGACUACAUGUUCUUGUGCUAGCACAGCUCUCAUGUUUCCUGACUGUUUGCCUCCCAUUGUUUAUUCAUAACCUGCACUCAGCAGGUGUCAGACUACUGGACGUGCAUGUUAGAGUAUAAUGGGAGAGCACAAGAACUGGAAUUUAAGAUUUCUAAUGCAGAAGUGACAUAGAGGCUGAUUAAGCUCUUUAGUUCAUGUUACCUGUGGGCACCCACUAGGUGAGGAGUGAGAGUAUGUGUGUGUCUCAGGAUCAUUAAAGCAGCAGGUGAUGAGGGAAGGGGACAGGCCACACCCCCACAGGGACGACAGACAGGUAAACAAGAGCAACUCUGUUCCAUCACACUGACAACACACUCACUAAUGAUCUCAACAACAUCCAGCACGGCUGACAUGGUUACACAAGGAAAAUUUCAGAUCAACGCAGAGGACAAUGUCGAAGAUAAAAACUCAGGCAGGCUGGGAUGUUUCGGCUGGAUUUUGGUCAUCUUUUCCCUCCUCUUUAUAGGAGUGACCUUCCCCAUCACACUCUUCAUGUGUGUUAAGAUAGUGAAUGAGUAUGAGCGAGCCGUCAUUUUCAGACUCGGACGGAUAACAGACAGGAAACCUAAAGGCCCAGGACUUUUCUUUGUUCUGCCCUGCACUGAUAACUUUGUGAAGGUUGAUUUGAGAACUGUGUCCUUUGACAUCCCUCCACAAGAGAUUCUGACCAGAGACUCAGUGACAGUAUGUGUGGAUGGUGUGGUUUACUUUCGUAUACAUUGCCCCAUCUCCUCCGUGGCCAAUGUGUCCAACGCACACUCAUCCACACGUCUGCUGGCUCAAACCACCCUGAGGAAUGUGCUCGGCACUAAAAACCUGGCAGAGUUGCUGUCUGACAGAGAGGGAAUAUCACUCAGCAUGCAGGAAUCUCUGGAUGAAGCCACAGACCCGUGGGGCAUAAAGGUGGAGCGUGUGGAGAUAAAGGAUGUGAAGUUGCCCCAGCAGCUGCAGAGAGCCAUGGCAGCAGAGGCCGAGGCCAGCAGGGAGGCUAGAGCUAAGAUUAUUGCGGCAGAAGGAGAGAUGAAUGCGUCGCGGGCUCUGAAAGAAGCCUCUCUGGUUAUCGCUGAGUCGCCUUCUGCUCUGCAGUUAAGAUACCUGCAGACCCUCAAUGCCAUCGCAGCCGAGAAGAACUCCACCAUCAUCUUCCCCCUGCCCAUAGAUGUGAUUUCAAACUUUAUGCAGAGAAAGUGAGAUAGGCUCUACUAUUAUUGUUAUAUUCAUAAAUAUAACACAGGAUAGAAUAAAAUAAUCAUAUAUUAUAAUAUAUAUCGAAACCAGAACUCCCUUUUGUGCACUUAUUUUCUUAUUGUGAUUUAAUACUUGAAUACAAAGUGCAACAUAGACAGUUUAGACAUUAGUGUCUCAUCACUGAUCACAUAAUUUUCACCAGCUAAGCUACAGGUGCAGUUCUUGAGGAGAACAGAAAGAUAAAUCAAAUGCACAAGAAAUGUAAACACAAAUAAUGUACAACAUUAUAAAGACAUGCGUUCAUAAAAACUCAUCCAUAACUCUUGAACUACUGAGGAGGCUCUUUACAAGAGAAGUCCUGUAAACAAUGAACAAAAGUCCAGACGUCACAUGAAACAACAUCCUUCUCCGACAUUGGAUGUAAACUGUAGAAACAGCACUUCUUCUCGUGUUUGACAAACAUUCACUUAAUGAGCACAUGGCCAUGUCCACGGGACACAGAGACAAUCAGUGCAAUCAGAGAACCUGAUGGAAAGAAAAAUCUUUUCCAAUCAUUUUCCUUAAAGUUGAGCCCACAGAGUCAAACACUAUCAACUUGUCCUGACAGAAAAUGCAAAUCAUCUCCAACCACGUCCCUGUUGAAGCUGUUUACCACAUUUGGUGUGUCUUGUGGAGCUGAUCUUUAUAUCAUAUUACUAUAAACAAGUAAUUAUUCUUCAAUCUAUCUUUGUAUACUGCACCGAUCCCUUUCAAAUGGUUUCACAUAUUCUGUACAUCCAAAUCAUUUUUCACAAACGAUAUCUUGCAAAAGUGACACUUGAGCUGAGAGGUUCUGUAAACAUAGGCAAACAAAUGAAAUGUACAAUUCAUUCAAAUUAAAAAGCUAUGGCAGUUG